AUGGAAGAUGAAAGACAGAUGGAGGCUUCAUCAGCUUCUAUAAGUUGCAUAACUUGUCUUCCCCGAGAGAUACUUGUCAAAAUUCUGAGUGGCCUACCUGCAAAAUGUGCAGUACGAUUCAGGUGCACUUGUAAAUUCUUUUAUUGUUAUAUACCGGAGCCACGCUUCUCGUUCACAAUCCGCUUCGUAUUACCAACCAAUAAUGCAUAUCCCGCAUCAAGAUUAUACUCCGUGAGUUACACUGAAGACGACGACAGUGUCCAAAAAUUAGAUGCACGAGGUUUAGUAUGGUCGAACGGUUCGAGUUGUGCCCCCGAUGGGAAGAUGUGUCUGCUCCGCAACCAAGUUAUGGGAUUAAUCGGCGCUCUCUUCGACCUUAGUACAGGACGAUGUAUUUAUCUGCCGCCCAACUACCCUGCGAUGUAUUUCGGCAUCUCUAAUAGUAACAUUAUUGGUAAUGGCGAUUUUGUGUUAACACGAAACAGCAGCAUCGGUAAGUGCCCUAUUGCCGUCUUGGGGUUUGACUCGAUUUCGGAAAGGUACAAGGUUUUCGCGUCAGAGGUUUCUUAUAAUGGCGAGCGGGUGCUUUGGAAGCAACACUGGGUUUUAACUCUGGGAGUGGAUGAGUCAUGGAGGGAGAUAAGAUCCACUAUCUUCAUUGGGUUGACCGAUGCUGCCGUCCACAUUUAUGGGAUUAUCUAUUUCAUACCACAGGUUACUAAACGAGAAUCAUCAUUAAAGAUGAUAGUUGCGAUGGAUGUUGCGAGAGAAAGGAUUAUGAGGUUCACACCGUUUCCAUCCGGAUAUCAUCAGUCCAGGCAGCGGGUACGAGGGUGGGUGCCAUGGAUAAAGUUAAAUGGUCGCCUAGCAUUCAUUGACAUUAUUAUUCCUGAAAGCGAAGACCCUCACCCUCACCCUGACCUUGCAGAGAGCAAGAUAGAGAUAUGGACGUUGAAGAUCAGGUCAGUAGUGGAGGAGGAGUGGGAGAGGUCAGUAGUGGAGGAGGAGUGGGAGAAGCAGACGGUCCUUCUUCCAUUGGAGGAGAGUGAGGUGAUUGGACGAGCUACUUCUAUGGGGUUUACUUCCAAUAGUAUGGGAGAGAUUGUAAUCUUACUCCGAAGUAAGACUACAAUAUCUCCUUUGAUUUUAAUUUAUUCAUUUCGAAGAGAUCUUUGGAGAAGGAUUGAGAUAAGUGGAGUUUCUAAGUACUCCUCAUCAUCAUAUAUCUCCGAUAUGGAAGUUGUUGUGCAUGUGGAUGAUGAGAUUGUAGCAUCUUUUGAGAAUGAAUAA